AUGCGUCCCUCCCUUCUCCCCACUGCCCUUGCCGCCUCCCUGGCUCCCAUGUGCCUUGCCCAGUUCCCGAUAACCGCAAUCUCCAACGGCUCGACCGGGUUCAUCUACCCGGACAACGAUUAUCUCUGCAUUGGUAACGCCCGGGGAGAGGUAGCACUUGUGAACGCACCGCUGCGCUGUGCAAGCUUCACAGCCGACGAGAACGGGUGCCUGACGGCUCUUAUUGAGCCCUGGGAACCGGAGUUUGGCUCCCAUGCUGUUGUUGUUGACCCCGACGCACCACAUCGGCUUAGGUAUGCCGAUGGGUGUGCUUCCGGUGCGGGGUGGGCGGCCUUCGGCGACGAAUCGAGCCUAGAUGGCGUUGUCUACGCCGGCCUUGUCUGGUUCACCGAGCAGGGUGGGGAGCGCCGCGUUGCCUACGGCCCGUCGUGGUCGGUUGUCAAUGAGAACGGUGCCCAGUUUCUCCAGGGUGAUCCUGUGGACGGUGAGGCCGGCGUUACUUUGGAGCUGAGGGGUUCAUAG